UUCAUUUUCGCUGCACGGUCAUUCUGCGAAUAAUAGUAGCAAGUAACAUAUCUUUUUGUUAUCAAAACGUAUUUCAUUGUUUUCCAUUAGUCUUACUACGCAUUUUAUUAUCUGGAAUCUCCACAAAUUGCUUCCUAUGGUUUUUGCAGUGAAUUUAUGUUAAGGAUGAAUCAAAACGGAUAAACUCUUAUCCCCAGCUGUAUCCGAACCCAUCAACGAAGUUUCCGUGAAGUUCCUGGAAACUCGUCCGUUGUUUUAGGGAUAUGCAUUUUCCCAUUUAUAUCACUACUCGAUUGUUUACAACAACCACCCACUAUUACACCCUGCUGUCGAAUCACUUUACGUGGUAUCUUGCAUGAGAUCACUAUUUGCUAUUCCGGUGCUGCACUAGAGAACACGGUACAAAGCGAUAAAGUUAUUGUGAAAAUUAGCAUCGACUUAGCACACCUACUGCAGCAAUGGAAAUCUCCAACGAAGAUUGGAUCGACCGGGCACAGGAGAAUAUGAAAAAAUUCCUGAACCGAGGCGGCGCUUGUCGUGGGGAUGAAGCCCAGCUGCUACAGGGCACCAGCUUGCAGAACACGCUCGGCUACGCACUUAGCCUAACCAUGAAGGACCCGAACGAGUGGACCGACGAGGAGCUGCAACUGAAGUAUAUGGAGCAGCUAUGUUUCUAUGACGAGGAAUCCCGUAAGACCAUCGACCGGCUGAUGCAACAGAUGUACAUCGGAAUCCACACCAAUGUGACCUGCCGUUUGACGAUUCUGCCGAUCGAGUUGUACAGCGAGGGAAAACUGUACGAGGUGCCGCUGUUUCGGUACCAAUUUCAACAGGCUACCGACACCGAGCCCAAAUUUAUUGACUCCAUCGGGAGGGUGUAUCAGAAUUUUGAGGAUUUUUUGAAAAACAAUAAGUAUCCCUCUGCGGAAAUGAUGUACCCGAAGGAGGGGAAGCUGGUGGCAACCAACUUGAAGAAUGUGGUGUACGACAUAGGAAAGACGCCCGCUUGGAAGAACUAUUACUACAAGGCGCUUGAUAUUGCGACUGGGAUAAUAGGCAUCGCCGGAGCUACCGGAGCCAUUUUUCUGUCGGGAGGGAUCGCUAUGCCGUUCAUUGCGGCAAGUGUAGGAUCAGCCAUCUACGCCACAGGUCGUUCAAUUGAUGUACUGCGCGACAAAAGUGCCCACCAAGAAUCGCUGAAUCCGCUGUGCGAUUCUGAAUCACGAACUGCCUGGUUGAGCCUGACGGCUCACGUGCUAACUUUCGGUACUAUGCCGCACAUUUCCGCCCUCUCCGGAGUGGCAUCCACUAGUCACAGCAUUGCCACCGGGUUCAAGGUGUGCAACUUUAUCAACGAAACUGGAAAUAUCAUCAGCGAUCUGGUGAUUUGUGACACUUUGUCGGCAAUGCAUUCCAAUUACUACAACGCCAGCAUCGAAACACGUCUAGCGCAUGCCGCCUCGAUCUGCUUUUGGACCAAAACCGUAAUUAGUAUCCGCCAGGCGGAACUGAUGAUGAAGAACAAUGCGAUUGUAGCGCUGAAAUUGUUUGGCUUCGAGGACCAUUUCUGCGAGUAUUUCAACAAUGACUCACGUGCGAUCGAUAUUGGAUUGAGAAUUGUUAAACAUUCGCUGCAGAACAAUGUGCUCAUCGUUUCCGAUAAGAAGGACACGUCCGCCAUCACAAUCGAUCGGAUAAAGUUUUGUAUCGAAACUUUGCUGAAGCUGGAACCAGAGGAGGUGGAAAAGUUGUUUCAGAUAUUGCAAGCUGUCACCACUGACCGGGACCGAGAGUUGUUCAAUGAGCUUCGGCUACUAUGCGAAAGUGAUGUAGAUCUGGUUCGAUUUAUAUCAGCUGAAGCAGAAGUAGAGCAACUGCCGGUUAGUGAAUUAGCAGAAAUGCUCAUACACGUGUACGCUUCAUUGAAGAGCCAGGAUCAGUUCAAGAUGAGCAUCAACGCGGUGGACGGUGUCUGUGUUGGCAAUGGUCUAAAUCUUACUAUCAAGCAGGCUUUUAUCUUAUUCGCUUCCAAGGACGGUCACAAAGGCGUUGCCGCGCUGAUUGACGCUGUACUGGAGCUUCCACCCGAGCAGUGCAAAGCACUGAGCAAGAUAAUCAAAACCGAACAAGAUUACAUAUCAAUUUUUAAGCUGAAAUCCAGUGAUGAUAAUAGCAGUAAGGAAGACAUUAGCAACAGAAUUAGAAAUGCAAUUUCAAAGGCCUUAACAGAAGAGCAGUAAAUUUGUCGUAGCACAUAUCGUGGAUAGCGAGAAAAUGAGUGAAAUCUAGCCAAAUUUUUUAGGGAUGCUUGAUGAGACUAUUAGGCAAACAACUUUUUAAUGCACCGCAAAAUGUUUAGAGAGGGGGUAAAACUCCCACAAACACGCACAUACAAAUAUAAAUUUAGAGUAACAGAAAGCAAAAAUAUAGAGUGUAAUUCCUACUUUAAAAUGAAGACGCUUUAACGUUUCUAACAUACAAAAUUGUAGUAAAAGAAAAUCAAUGAAGAGACUAACUUGCACCUGUUUAGAUAUACUUAGCCAAGAAAACUGAUGAUGAUAAAACACCAACAAUUCGUAUGAAACAUGAAUCCUGUAGCUUAUAGAUUUAGAUGCUCACAUUAGAAUAACUGUUAGGAAAACGCAGUAUGCGAACCAAUGUUAGUAUUGUUUCAUCAAUUGCGAAAACUAGUGAACCAACGUCGGUGCAGUGCAAACAGAACUUGUUACAGUUUAUUUUUCAUAUAUGUACGUACAGACAAAACGAAACUCUAUUAUGAAUGAUUUAUUUUUGACAAAUAUAUAUAACCGAUCUACACUGAUAGAUGGCACCAUGCUCUGGCGAUAAGCUGAA